AUGGAGCUUAACGUGAUCAUCAAGAAUAUACAUUUCUCCUUGGGCAUUCAGAAGGUUCAAGAAAGGAUGGUCUGGAACCAAUUUACCCAAAGCUCAGAAAUGUCCCAACAUCGCUCCAUUUACAUCAAUGACCCUAUUAAGAACACUUUUUGUCACAACUCAAUCAGCACAACCAAGUACAGCAUGUGGUCGUUUCUGCCUCGAUAUUUGUACCUACAAUUUGGCAAAACUGCCAAUGCAUUCUUCCUAUUCAUUACUAUACUGCAGCAAAUCCCAGAUGUAUCUCCAACAGGAAAAUAUACAACUCUCUUGCCUUUGGUGAUUAUUCUUACAAUUUCAGGCAUCAAAGAAGUUAUAGAAGAUUAUAAGCGACAUAAGGCAGACAAAUUAGUGAAUUCCAAGACUACAUUAGUCUUAAGACAGAAUUCAUGGCACACAAUCAGGUGGAAAGAGGUCCACGUGGGUGACAUUGUGAAGACUUGCAGUGGCGAGUUCCUUCCCGCAGAUAUGGUCCUGGUUUCCUCCAGUGAACCUCAUUCGAUGUGUUAUAUUGCAACAGCAAAUCUGGAUGGAGAGACAAAUCUAAAAAUACGGCAGGCUUUGCCAGAAACAGCUGCAAUGCAAACAGAAAACCAAUUAUUAAAUCUACAUGGAAAAAUUGAAUGUGAAGGACCUAACCGCCAUUUCAGUAGCUUUGUUGGAAACUUGCGUUUAAAUGAUAGAAGCCCUGUUCCAAUUGGGCCUGACCAAGUCUUGCUAAGAGGAACCCAGCUGAGAAAUACUCAAUGGAUCAUUGGUGUCAUCAUUUACACUGGAUCUGAAACCAAGUUAAUGCAGAAUGCUGUCAAAUCACCUCUGAAGAAAUCACAGGUUGAGAAAGUGACCAACCUCCAGAUCCUGGCUUUGUUCCUGUUUCUGUUGGUCAUGUCCAUGGUGAGCUGUGCCGGAGCAAUGUACUGGAAUCAAAUGUACAGCAUGGAUAUGUGGUACAUGAGGAGGAAGGGUUACAGCCCUCACAUCUUUGCCUUGGAUAGCUUGGUGUUCAUCAUUUUGUACCACAAUCUCAUUCCCAUCAGUCUACUCGUAACUCUGGAGAUUGUGAAAUUUACUCAGGCUCAGUUUAUAAACUGGGAUGAGGAUAUGCAUUUUCAAGAAAAUAAUAUCUAUGCCAUGGCUAGAACAUCUAAUCUUAAUGAAGAGCUUGGGCAGGUAAAAUACUUAUUUACUGAUAAAACAGGAACUCUUACCUGCAAUAUUAUGACAUUUAAGAAAUGUACCAUUGCAGGCAUAAUUUAUGGGUAAGUGCAUUUAUUGCCAUUUGUGUGUGUGUAUGUGUGUGAGAGAGAGAGAGAGAGCUGUCAGGUGUCACAUUCUUAUGAAUUUAAUGAUCCUGCAUUAUUAGAGAACUUUGAGAAAGGCCAUCCCACAGAAGGAUACAUAAAAGAAUUUUUUACCCUGUUAUGUGUGUGCCACACAGUUAUCCCUGAGAAAGAGGGGAAUAAUAUCAUCUACCAGGCUUCCUCCCCAGAUGAGGCAGCUUUAGUGAAAGGAGCAAAAAAUCUUGGGUUUGUUUUCACCACCAGAACACCUUACUCUGUCACCAUAGAAACCAUGGGAGAAAGCUUCACUUUUGAAGUCCUUAAUAUCCUUGAGUUUUCUAGCAACCGGAAAAGAAUGUCUGUAAUUGUCCGGACGCCCAUGGGCCAGCUUCGGCUCUACUGCAAAGGGGCAGAUGCAGUGAUUUAUGAGAGACUUUCAAAAAAUUCUGAGUUUGUGGAGGACACAUUAAGCCAUCUGGAAUAUUUUGCUACAAAUGGUCUGAGAACUCUCUGUGUAGCUUAUGCUGAUUUAACUGAGGAGGAAUAUGAGCACUGGCUGAAGGAGUAUGAGAAAGCUAGCACCAACUUAUAUGACCGAAUUAAAAAACUGGAGGAUUGCUACGAUAUCAUUGAAAAGGACUUUAUGCUGCUUGGAGCCACAGCCAUUGAAGAUCGUCUUCAAGCCGGCGUUCCAGAAACCAUAUCAACUUUACUGAGAGCAAACAUAAAAAUUUGGGUGUUGACAGGAGAUAAACAAGAAACUGCAAUUAACAUAGCCUAUUCCUGCAAACUCAUAUCAGGGAAUGUGCCUCGUAUCCAUAUGAAUGCAAAUUCAUUUGAGGCAACAAAACAAAUGAUUGAUGAGAAUUGUCAAGAGUUUGGCUGUAUGUUAGGCAAAGAGAAUGGCGUGGCCCUAAUCAUUGAUGGUGAAACAUUGAAACAUGCCCUCAAUUUUGACAUUCAGAGGAAGUUCCUAACUUUGGCUCUCUCCUGUAGAACAGUAUUAUGCUGUAGGAUGACCCCCCUCCAGAAGGCUGAAAUCGUGGGCAUGGUUAAGAAGCACGUACAGGCUAUCACGCUUGCUGUGGGGGAUGGCGCCAAUGACGUCAGUAUGAUCCAGACGGCUCAUGUGGGUGUGGGAAUCAGUGGAAAUGAGGGCAUGCAGGCCACCAACAACUCAGAUUACUCCAUCGCACAGUUUAGCUACUUGGAGAAGCUUCUAUUGGUUCAUGGAGCUUGGAAUUAUUUUCGAGUGACCAAAUGCAUAUUGUAUUGUUUCUACAAAAACGUAGUGCUGUACACAAUUGGGCUUUGGUUCACCUUUGUUAAUGGAUUUUCUGGGCAGAUUUUGUUUGAGCGUUGGUGCAUCAGCUUGUACAAUGUGAUUUUCACUUCAUUACCACCUUUGGCUCUGGGAAUCUUUGAGCGGUGCUGCAGUGAAUCAAGCCUUCUCAAAUACCCAGAACUCUACACUAUUUCACAAAACGGGGAAACUUUCAACACAAAGGUGUUUUGGAUCCAGUGCAUGUGGGCUUUGCUUCACUCCUUCAUUCUUUUCUGGUUUCCCACAAAAAUGAUGCAGCAUGAUGUCGUCCUGCAGCAUGGGUAUACUACAGAUUAUUUGUUUCUUGGUAAUUUCGUCUAUACGUAUGUAGUUGUUACAGUUUGUCUGAAAGCUGGCUUGGAGACAAUGUCCUGGAAUAAUUUCAGCCAUGUGGCAAUUUGGGGAAGCAUGGUCAUCUGGCUGGUGUUUUACACCAUUUACUCUUCCUUAUGGCCUGUCAUACGUAUUGCUCCAGAAAUGAAAGGACAGGCCAAUGUGACACUGAUAUGUCCAUAUUUCUGGCUGGGCCUUUUCAUAGUCCCUGUUAUAUGCUUGAUUCCAAAUGUAUUUUGGAAAUCGCUUAAAAAUACCCACAACAAAAGUCUUCUAGAAGAAAUUCGGGAGCUGGAAAGCAGACAAAUUACAGGAGCUGAUAUAGCUCAGGUGUUUAGGAAGAGGACAACACUAGGAAGUUUACAAAUCUUACCCCGUCCUUGUGAGGUCAAUCUCCGGAACAAUUCUGUGGAUAUACACGCCCCGCAUGGGUACGCAUUUUCUCAAACAGAACAGUCUGUGAUCACUCAGGAAGAGCUGGUCCGUUGCUAUAACACCUCUCUAAUAGAAUCCAAGACUUCUCAGAAGACUUCAUCCUUGGUUUAUGAAGAUGCCCACAACAAAGGCAUCACCUGGGGAGACGGUGCUCUGGUGGAGUCUUUGGAGAAUCCUAAAAAGCACAUCCCUGGAACAAAAUGA